ACUUUAAGUUUUCUUAACCGCUAUUUAGAAGGAGUGCAUGUGAACAACUCCAUUUGAGCCAUGACAAGCUACAUUUAUUAUUAUGCGGCCAUUAUAGCGGUUCAAUUAGCUUAUGCAGGUUCAAAUAUUAUUGUCAAAAUUGCACUCCACAAAGGCUUAAAUCAGUUUGUCUUUGUGGUUUACCGCCAUUUAAUUGGCAUGAUUCUAUUGGGACCCAUCGCUUAUUGUCUUGAAAGGAAGCAGAGGCCUCCACUCUCAUUGGCAGUCAUAAGCAAGAUCUUCCUUCUUGCUUUGCUAGGAACUACCACCCAUCUUAAUUUAUUUUAUGUAGGAUUAAUGUAUACUUCCGCAACGCUUGCCAGUGCACUGAAUAAUGUGAUCCCAGGUUUGACGUUCUUGAUGGCAGUCCUGCUGAGGAUGGAGAAAAUUGAGAUUUCAAGCGCUCGAGGGCAAGCUAAGGUAUUGGGCACACUUAUUUGCAUUGCUGGCUCUCUCGUCUGCACCUUCUGGAAAGGAGGAUUUCUCUAUAAAGGCAUUGAGAAAAUGCCACUUAUCAGCCCCCAAACACAUGACGAUCAUGCGCAACAGGAUUCUCUCAAAGGCUCUGCUCUUCUUUUGAUCAGUUACAUCGCAUGGAGCGGUUGGCUAAUCUUGCAGGCUUUGGUUUACAAAGUGUACCCAGCUCCCUUAUCGAUGACCACUUUGAUAUGCUUUUUCGCAUCGAUUCAGUCUUCUAUUCUCGCCCUGAUUUUUGGAAGAAAUCCCACCUUCUGGAAGUUGGAAUGGAACCUAGAGCUGCUAACCAUCCUAUACUGUGGAGUUGUGAUAUCAGGGAUAGUGUAUUGCCUACUUGCAUGGUGUAUCAGCAACAAGGGGCCAGUUUUUGCAGCCAUGUUCAGUCCACUGGUGGUUGUUAUUGUUGCUAUAUUCUCAGCAAUUGCUUUUGCGGAGAGACUUCAUGUCGGCAGCUUCGUAGGAGCACUACUCAUUAUCUCAGGCCUCUACUGUGUACUGUGGGGCAAAAGUCACGACCAUGUCACAGCUCAAGUUCCAAUGGAAGAAAAAGACAUUGCAGAAAGGAACGGUCAUCCAUUAAAAGAUACUGAGCAAGUUUAAGGAAAUGAAAAUGAAAAUCCAUGCUAUUUUGAUUAAAAGAUGAAAAAAAGAACCGGGAUUCCAAUUAGAUGUAAUUUAGGACUAACAAUCCACUCUAAAAAUGUCAGUUCUUAGUGAUUCAGGAAUAUGCCAGUUCUUAGUGUUACUUCAAGGAAUUCUCUAUAUCUAUCACAAACCGGUACUUUACA